AUUGAUUCGUUUCACCUUACUAGGAAGGAAAUGUUCCGCACGGGAAGGGGAGGGACUCGGUAUUCAACUAUAGCCUAAAUGCAACAUUGCGCGCUGCAGUUCACGUUAAAAUAAUGCUUGUAGUUUUAUUUACGUUACAGUGCACCGUGUUUUGCCACUAAUGUGAUCUAAUGAUGUCGACGGUCAUUUAAAGUGUGCUAUAUAGAGGCUAAUUGUUAUAUAAAAUAAACAAGUUCGGUUGCGACGAUAGGUCGAUCAUUCACUCCGAUCGUUGUAUCCGAAGUGACCGUGAACUUUGAUAUUUCAUUCUCGUGGAUGAAAUGUACCUGCCAGUCUUGCAACGAAAUGGUAGGAGUGCCUUUUUGGUGUUAAAUGAUUAUUGCAGAAGAACCAAUACGGUUUUAGGAGUUAACGUGCUGUCACGGCGUAACAUCAUAGACCUCUCAUACUCCACACACUUCAUGGAUUUUAAAGGUUCGUCCAUACCAAGUUCCAUGAAAAAGCUUGUUGUUACGAAACUCAGCCAAAAUUUUAGGAGCGCCGUUUCUUUACAAACUGUUCCAGUACCAACACCAGGUGACGGGGAUUUGUUGGUCAGAAAUCGGUUUGUUGGAAUCAAUGCUUCUGACAUCAACUACUCAGCUGGACGCUAUGACCCGUCAGUGAAGCCUCCUUUUGAUGCUGGCUUCGAGGGCAUCGGCGAGGUGGUGGGCCUCGGCCUGAGCGCCAGCGCCCGCUACACUGUGGGCGACAACGUGGCCUACUUCAGCGAGGGUGCUUUUGCCGAUUACACCGUCAUUCCUGCCAAGAAGGUGGUGCCCGUGCCCAGUACCAAGCCCGAGUACCUCACCAUGCUGCUAAGCGGCGCCACUGCCCACAUCGCCCUGCGCCGCCUCGGUGACCUGACCGAGGGCGAGACAGUGCUGGUGACGGCGGCGGCUGGCGGUACCGGUCAGUUCGCUGUGCAGUUUGCCAAGAAGGCCGGUUGCCACGUGGUGGGGACCUGCUCAUCGGACGAGAAGGCUGGGUUCCUGAAGACCAUCGGCUGUGACCGGCCCAUCAACUACAAGUCUGAGGACCUGGCCGCCACACUGCGCAAAGAGUACCCACAGGGCAUUGAUGUGGUGUACGAGUCCGUGGGCGGCGGCGUCUUUGACCUGUCUGUCAACUCGCUGGCCAAUAAGGGCAGGCUGAUCGUGAUUGGCUUCAUUUCGGGGUACCAGUCAGCGUCUGGACUCCAGCAGAUAUCGGGCGGAAUGCUCCCCGCAAAACUGCUGAAGAAGUCAGCCAGUGUGCGGGGCUUCUUCCUACCUCACUUCCUGUCCGACUACCGGGAGUCGCUGACAGACAUGAUGAAGCUGUUUGCUAAAGGGCAGCUGGUGUGUGAGGUAGAUAGGGGAGACUUGGACCCGGAAGGAAGGUUUGUGGGACUAGAGUCUGUGUUCAGGGCAGUAGACCACAUGUACGCUGGGAAAAAUUUGGGAAAAGUCAUUGUCGAGCUGAUCCCGGCGGUUGACAGUAAACUCUAAUUUCACUAAUGAUGAUCUUCCAGUAAUUUCUUAGUUAGGUGAAUGACGCAAGAUUGUAAAUGACCUGAACUGUGAAUUCAGAUUAAAUUGAUUUGUAUUUUU